AUGCGGGCUUUCGCCAAAAUUAAAAUUAUUUCUGAUUGCAGGACUCACAUUAAAGAAAUCUUCGAAACUUUACUUCGUCGAAAUAUAUUCGUUUAUGAUACGCAAUUCGAGCUCGUGAGUAUUAGACUAGCAACAGUUAAAAAUUUUUGGAAUAAAAAUUGCGCGUUACAAAUUGUAACGCCGAUCACUUUGGCAGAUCAUUUAUCGGCAAUGCCAGGAAACGUGCAUAAAUACUUCGAACGCAAAGCUUCCGAAUGGAACAUAGUGGGUUUCCUAAACGAGUGUGAGAUUGAACCAUUUGAGCGAAAGAUAGAAUGUUACAUUACAAGCCUCGAAUACAUCGCUAACAGUGAGAAAAAUCGUAGGGGGGAAAUGGCACAGUCAUUGAUUGAUAAAUAUAAGAAGGUGAGCAAGAGAAUGGGCAAAAUGGUAUUGGAGCGCAGAUGGCCUUCGAGGUUGUCUGACGUUCAGGCAGUGUCGUUGGGGCGCAUGUUACCUUCGAGGUUACCUGCGUUCAAGGCUUCGAGCCGACCUGGCACUGGCCCCGUCGAGCGCAGAAUGGCCUUCGAGGAUGAUAAACCAGAUCGCAAGCUGGCUAGAGAGUGGGAGGGUCGACGCUCACAUAAUCAUAUUCAUCUUCGUGGAACUAUCAAUGGAACGACUAUAAACAGCGGAACAGUCAGAACUAUAAAUGGGAUCGUUUCUUUAAAAAGGGAUAUUCAUGAUGAUCAGGACUACAACAAAGUUCCCAAACGAACAAAAAUUGAAGAUUGGUUUCAACCCUCUACUCCUCCACAUCAAAUCUAUUCACGAAAUGCUUACCCCCCCUUGGGUCCAGGAGGUAAUUAUAUUCUAUCUCGUAAUAAUUCUUCUGAUUUGGAUAAUGAGAAAAACCAUGAAGAUGUUAAUAAUGACAUUGACUAUAUUGCUAAUGAAGAUAUAUAUCUUUCAUCUCAAAAGACUCCACAGAAUAUGACGGAAGGUGUCUACAAAAUAAUCGAAAAAAUAAAAUCAAAUAAUUAUCGAUUGUUUAUUACAAAAUCAUCAACCUUUCGGAGCGAAAUAUUACAAAUCCCGUUAAUAAGUUAUCAAUUAGAGCCUUCGGAUAAAUCAAAAACAAUUCGUCUUGAAAAAUGGAAAAAAAUAAUAAAUCCCCUUAUACAAAAGUACCAACUUCAUUUAGAAAAUAAAUCUGUAUCUGAUGUGAUUUCCUUGAGUGAUACUAUUGAGGUGGUUCUUGAAAAACCAUAUACCGGAAAUUUUAUUCAUAAAGAGCAUUAUGAUCUUAUAUGGAUACAAGAUAUUUAUAAACGAUUUCUAUUUCUUUUUGAUUCACCCACCAACUUACUAUUGGACCCGGAUCAAUGUGAACUUUCUUAUCGAGAAAAUUUUGUAAAUCCUAUUAUUGUUAAAGUUUUUGAUGACAUCAUGGACUUAAUCAAAGUAAAAACAGGAGAGGUAGAAAAUUUAUCAAAUAAAAUGCAGAGAAAUGAAACUCGGCAAUAUAAGCAACGGGUCAGCAUCGGAUGUUCACAGGAUGGGAUAUAUUCAAUAAACGUAAAUGCUGUUGUUUUAGAAGUAGGAUUCUUAGAGGUUGUCGGCAAUGCCCUCUACACUGAUGUCAAAAAAUUAAACGGUGACACCGAAAAGGUAUUGAAGUGUAUGCAAAUUUCUAUUCAUUAUCAACGUCAACACUAUUUAUCACGUGGGGCUACUGAACAAGAAGUAUCCUUGGUAGUAUCAUAUGGAAUUGUCGUCUACCAUCGAACGUUUACUAUUUAUGUAAUGCAUCGAACAAAUGAAGGUCUAUAUGUUGUUGAUACUUUAACCGAAUUUAGUAUACCAAAUACUAAGGAUCAAUUGUACAUCUUGAAGGAAGUAAUCGAAAAUGUUUAUUUAUUUAAGAGCCGAGCAAUGGACUACUAUCUAACUGUUCGGAAAAUCGUUCCGUAUUCUAAAAUUCACGUUGGCGUAAAUGAAUCGCCAGUUGAAGCAUCACCCUCCAAAGCUUCGAGAACUUACGAUGCUUCAAAAACUUCUGAUUAG